AUGACCCAACUACGCCCUAUCAGCCUCUGUAACGUUUUAUUUAAAAUUGCCUCCAAGGUGCUAGCCAAUCGCCUGAAAAUUAUCCUCCCUUCUCUGAUCUCGCCCAGUCAGAGUGCUUUUGUCUCAGGACGCCUUAUCUCGGAUAAUUCCAUAUUAGCUGCUGAAAUUAUCCACUGCCUGCGGAGUCGACGACGGGGUAAGAAAGGCUUUUUGGCACUGAAACUCGAUAUGAGCAAGGCCUACGAUCGAAUUGAAUGGCCUUUCCUGGAAGAAAUGAUGAAGAAAUUGGGUUUUGCAGAACAAUGGGUUAGGCUUAUAAUGACUUGUGUCACCACUGUUAGUUACUCUUUUCUAGUUCAUGGUUCACCAUGUGGUUACGUUAACCCUUCUAGGGGUCUCAGGCAGGGAGAUCCGCUAUCCCCUUAUCUGUUUAUUUUAUGUGCACAAGGUUUCUCUAGUUUCCUUACACAUGCGGAACGGGAUGGGCGCUUAAAAGGAGUCUCCAUUUGUAGGGGUGCGCCUCCCAUCAACCACCUCAUGUUUGCCGAUGAUUGCUACCUGUUUGCCCGUCCAAAUGUGGGAGAUUGUGGGACAAUCAAGGAGGCACUCUCUUGGUAUGAAUGGGUAUCCGGUCAACAAGUUAAUUUUCAGAAGAGUGCAAUAUGCUUCAGCAAAAAUAUUAAGCACCAAGACCAACUGGUUCUAGCAGCAUCUCUCGAUGUCUCUUGUGUUGAGCAUUAUGAUAAGUAUCUUGGGCUUCCAAUGGUAGUUGGCAGGAACAAAGGUUCCUCAUUUGCACAUCUCAAGGAACGGUUGGGCAAAAAAUUGAUAUGCAGGGAAAGAAAAGGAAAGCUCUUAAGCGGUGCAGGGAAAGAAAUUCUUAUCAAGACUGUGGCACAGGCUCUCCCCUUGUAUUCGAUGAGUGUUUAUUUAUUGCCCAAAUAUUUUUGUGAUGAUCUUAACCGCUUAAUUGCAGAUUUUUGGUGGAACGGAAAUAAUGGCGACAGGAAAAUACAUUGGCUUGCUUGGGAUAAGCUUUGCCAACCCAAAGAUGUUGGGGGGUUGGGCUUCCGUGAUUUAUAUGCUUUCAACCUUGCUAUGUUAGCUAAGCAAGGAUGGAGGCUCAUACAAUAUCCGGAUUCCCUAGUAGCACGGGUUCUACGAGCUAAGUAUUUUCCUGAUAAAUCUUUUCUUGAUGUCCUUGUUUCAGACAAUUCUUCUUAUGUUUGGAAAAGUAUCUGUGCGGCCAGAAAAAUUCUUUUGCAGGGAUCUAGACGGCAGGUGGGCAGUGGGGCAGAGAUUGAUAUUUGGAAGGACCCAUGGCUGCCACGCCCUUCUACCUUUCGGGUUAUCUCACCAAAACCCACCGGUUGCGCUAUUACCAAGGUGAAGGAGCUUAUUCUUGACCACCCCCGACGCUGGAAUAUUAGCCUUCUAUCUAAUCUCCUUUACCCUCCCGAUGUGGAUGUGAUCCGAACUCUUCCGCUGAGCUUCCAUCACAGGGUCGACGCUCUUAUUUGGCAUUUUGACAAAAAAGGUCAAUUCACUGUCAAAAGUGCUUACAAGGUAGCCCGUACGGUUCUUGAUCCCCAGACUCUGGCGUCGUCAUCAACUGGGAAUGGUUUUAGUAAAGGGUGGACUGCUAUUUGGAAGGCAAAGAUUCCAAGCAAGAUAAAAUUGUUUUGGUGGAAAGCUUGCACUGGCAUUCUACCAACCAAGGACAACUUGUGGAAACGAAAGAUACAUUUGGAUACAUGCUGUGACUUAUGUGGGGCUGAAAUGGAAUCUACUUUGCAUGUGUUAUGGCAUUGCCCAUUUGCAAGAGGAGUCUGGGCUUGUGCUUUAAUUGGCAGCGGUGGCAUCUCUCAACAAUAUCACCAUGUGCAUGAUUGGGUCCUCUCAUGUAUUGACCAUUUAUCAUAUGCUAAUUUGGACCUCUUUUUUGUUACUGGUUGGGCAAUCUGGGAGGCUCGAAAUGGCAAGCUAUGGAAUAACCAAACACCCAAACCAGAAUUUACAAGCUCUAGUGCUGCUGUUCGUCUACUUGAUUUUGUUCGUGCUCGGCCCCAGGGGGCUGCUCUUGGUCGGGGCUGUUAUGCGCCUCAGCCUUGGACAAAACCUUGCGCUGGAAGUCUAAAAAUUAAUGUGGACGGCUCUUGGACAGCAAGUAAUACAUAUGGGGGUGUGGGAAUAGUGGUGCGCGAUUCUAAUGGCAAGUUUGUUGCGGGCAGAGCGUUGCAUGUGGACAAUGUUUUCUCAGCUUUACAGGUUGAAGCAAUGGCAGCUCGCGAAGGAGCAAUUUUGGCGGUGGAAGGGGAUUUUAAUAAUGCAAUUUUUGAGAUGGUGGAAGACACUAAGGCACUGCUAACCCAGAUCACUGGGGAUGGUUUUACCCAUAUCCGUCGGGUUGCAAAUGGAGCGGCUCAUCGUCUGGCACGUUAUGCUUCCCAUACUGGCACUAUGACUACUUGGUUUGAAGAACCGCCAGAUCUUCUAGUUGAUGUCCUGUACGAGGAGUGUAACUUGUAG